CGCUCCCAUCAUCUCCCAUCAUCAGAGCCUUCCUCUCUCUUUAGCAUCAUCUACCUCAGGCAUAAACGCCUGUAUUUAGGCACCCGUUCGCUUCGCAAUGCUCUCAGUUUUCCGCGACACAUCCAGUGAACAGGAAACACGGUGGAAAAGUUUCCCUCCGUAUAGGGCACACACCGACCCAACUCAGCACUAGUAGUACUCCCAAGGUGAUGUGCAUAUUCUUUGAUCUCAGGCGUUGCCAUAGUGCCACCCUCCUCCCUGUGUAUAGCAUACCCACUGGGAAAUGAAGCAACUCCGAGGUCCGUGCUAGGCCAGUGCCAGUGCCAGUGUGGCCUUUUUGCCUUGAAUUAAUCUACAAAUUACCAGGAUGACUGUGCAAAUUUAGUGCCCUUUUUCGUCGAAUUCAUUAGCGGUCAAAGUGCGCGUCGUCGCCAGGUCAGCCAGCAGACAAUUGAUCAACCAUCAAGGAUAUGUGUGGGUACCUUUUCGGUGGUGGUGGGCCCCAACAACCUUCAAGGAGAGGCGUAAAAAAGUGUCCUCGUUCGGUUCGGAACACGUCGACGACGACGGUGCGUAGUCGUAGGUAGAGGAUGCAAUGGGCGACGACGGUAGAAAAGUGAUUCGAAGAAAAUGGCCCUCAGGUUGUAACACAUCUGAGCUAGCUACUGUGUACGGCAUGGCAUGAUGAUGAUGAUGACGAUAAUGAUGGUGGUGCUCCAGUGAUGAAAAUUGCAACAGCAGCAGCAGCAGCCGUAACCAAGUGCUUACCGUGGGAUCAAAUUACCGCAAAUCCUUCUAGUUGAGGCUGGACGAAGAUUUUCUUACACGAGGUCACUAUCGUACCGAUGCCGAGUGUCUAGAGUGUGUAUUUUUACGAGAAAGCGCACGGUGUGUACGUACAGGUUUUAUUGCAACAAUAAAAGAGGAAAAAAAACUUCAUCAAUAAGAACACUUUGGAGUAUUGAGCAAGGACGACAGGAGUCUAAGAGGCGCGGCCGGUGGAAACAGCAAGCUGAGAGGCCAAUUAGGGCUUGUUGACUUUCGAUUGUGCCAGCGGAUGCAAUAAAAGGAAGCUCGCAGAAUUCAGGAACCCCGGAGCCGCUUAUCAAGAAACGAAAGUUUCGCCACUAGAACCCGCCGACAGUCGGCCGACGAAGCCUACGAAAAAUCAGAAGUUUACCAGCAAAUAAAAAACGCCCACGCGCACUCUCUGGUCUUGUCGGCCGCCCCGGUGCCAUCCGACCGCAACAACAACGACGGGACGGGACAAAAUUCAAUAUUCGUGACACGCGGUGGCCAUUUCUCAGUGGGAGGCCUUCCUGGGGGUGGUGGUGGUGGUGGGUGCGUUCUAGUGUGACAUCAGUGUGACAACAAGCAUCCUUUCGACGAGAGAAAUAAGUAUCUAGAUAUUAGUGGCCCACGCGCGCUUAUAGCCGCGUUCGAAAGCUGUGAAGGAUGGGAAGUUUGCCGAAUCUCAAUGAACUGUCGACGGAGCGGUUGGAGCGGCGGCUGGAGGAACGCGAGCGCAUCCUUGCCAGGGAUCGCAUCAUCGAGAGGGACUUUUCGCGCGAAAAGGAUGCCACCGCUCGGGCGGGACUGGAGAAGCCCGUGUUUAUCCACCAGCAACAGGUUGCAGCCGCAAAAGCAUUCCUCCAGCAGAAAUGUCCCCCAGCGGCAAGGAAAGUCAUGCGCACCCGAAGUUCUGGCCAAGCGCAUCACAUCUGGGAUGAUCCUAUGAUCGAGCAAUUCAUAACCAACUACUCGCCUGCCUCGUCGCGAAGUCACCGCCUAGCGGUGGCCCCGCCCAUAACCAUUGGCUAUCCCUUCCAAAGCUCAACGCUCGGUAACCGCCGUCGUGAUUCGGUAAACAGCUCAAUUGGUGCCACCUCGGUUCGGAGACUGCUAACGGUGAACAAUCGGAGCUACGGCUGUCGGCACAAGAUUCCCACCCACAUGCGCCAUAAGGUUACUAGAAAUUUCGUCCUGCUCACCAUUGCUCACGGAUUGAUGUGUACGGCGUUGAUCCCACUUGUAGGGCUGCAAGGCUCGAAUUCCACGUGGUUCCAGCAGGAGUCCUGGCUGGCUAUGGGGCCAGAUGUUGGUUCCGGACUGUUGAGUAUAUGUUGCUUAGUCACGGCUCUAAUGUGUCUGGUAACGACUAAGAUUAUACGGAAGUUCGGAUAUUCAAUCGUGUUGGCUGCGAUCUACGGAGGGUUGUGCGUAUUUCUGGCAACACAUAUCUACCCGGUACUGGUGUCGCUGGUUCCGGGAUAUCUGGUGCUCGGGCUCAUCUUGGGUCCUUCGGUGAUCUGCAAACAUACGUUGGUGGUAUCGAUGGCCGGAAAGUUGAGCUGUUCGCAGCCAGAAUGUGGUGGAACCAGCAUGGCCGGAAUCAAUGCCGACAGCUACGAUGACCACAGGUUGCUCUGCAGCAGGAAUGAGAGUAUUCGACGACUCGGACGUUGGUUCCAAGCUGCGGGUGAUUUCGGGAUGAUCAUAGGAACAAUUGUUGCGUCGUUCAUAUUAUCGUGUGCCUCGUCGAAUCGCGCCGGAUGCUUCUACAUAUCGGCUACGUCUUCCACUAACAUAAGUGGUACGAUUACUACGGCGCAGAUCAACAGUAGCGCUUUAAAUGAAGUUACCCUUGGUCACCCGUCCAUCGAAAUCGCACCAACCUCGACCAGCAGAAGCCUUGCCGAUCCUAAUCCUACGAGUAAAGUUACGACACCUACUAUGCCCUCGCUGAAGGAGACCAUCUUCUUCCUGUACAACAUAAGGAUGCAACACCAUGGAAGCGAUGGUUACCAGCUGGACCGAUUCCCGUACAGUACGUUCCAAACCAACGACCACGGUGAACGUAUCUGCGGUUCCCACUUAUGCCCGGUUUGGGAUCGAAACAUCCCGAUCAACAGCAGUACGAUCAGUUCGCUUAGUCUUCAGACCCAAACCGGAACCAUACCGCUGAUGGGGUUGUACCUUAUUUGUGCUGUAGUCGCUCUGACCGUUACCGGAUUGACCACGGACAUCGAACAUAAUGUCAAGUUCGACUCGAUCCGGAAGAUGUCCGAUACGUUGCUGUUUGCCGGGCCGAUGGCGUACUUCAUUGGGACCGAGCAGGGAUACAUGUUGGCUGAUUUCAUGAAGGCCUUUGUAUCGUGCGAAUUGGGCCCAAACAGUGUUGCCGGAGCAAUGAUCGGAAUGGGUGUGAUGCAGCUCAUUGCAGCAUGCACGCUAAGUAUGCUAUUGAGGCACACCAAACGAGUGGUGGUUAUAAUUGCCGGCUUCAUAUUCCACGCAUGUCUGCUGUUGGUACUACUCCGCUGGAAACCCUCUCGAGACGACAGUGCCGUCCUGUACGUCAUUCCAGCCGCCUGGGGCGUAUGCAACGCCGUAUGGGAAACCCUUAUCACCGCUCUGGUAACCCUAUCGCACACGACCAAGGUAGCCGAAGUGAUGUCUCCACUGCAGGCGCUACGUUUCCUCGGACUGGGAAUCACCUUUGCCGGGCAUGGCAUACUGUGCGAAGCUCCCAAGAUCAUCAUUCUGGCCAUCCUGCUGGUGAUUUCCGUCAUUCCGUACACCAUGCUGGAACUGAAGCUCGAAACUCAACGAAAAGCCGCCAAAGUGAGCUUAUGACGAUUCUGCGCACACGACUACUAAUGUUUACUGAAGUUGAAAUACUUCUAAGGCUCCGGCAGGUUCUGGCUGGGGCUUAAGAAGCAUUUUAAACUUUUAUGGUAAAAUUGGUUUUCGUCGUAUUUUUAGGAAUCACUUGAACCACAUACAGGGGAUAGCCAAAAUGUUUGGGAUAGGCAACUUUUUUUCUCUCACAAAAAAGUUCAACAUGCUAUAACUUUUCAUAGACUGCAUCAAAAAAUCUCAAAGUUUGACUGUUUGUCAACCUAUUAUAUGUGCAUCAUUGGUACAAAUUUGGACACGAUUGAUUAAUCUUUCGCAAAGUUAGAACCGUUCGGGUAAAACACUAUUUUUUCAGACAACUCAUUUUUGAGCUGUUAUAUUUCGGAAACCAGUGAACCGAAUUGAAUGAAAUUUUGAACGCACACUAACAAUAUACAAAUGCUUCACAAACUAUUAAAACAUAGAUACUUUUUGAACGUUGAAAAAAGUUAUCAUGGAUAGACACUUUUUGGAUUUUUCUCGAAAAAAUGUUUUUUUUUUACUUCAAUGUCAAUAAAUAACACUAAAAGUGUUGACGUCCAAAGAUUUUCCACUUCUGUUCUCAAGUUAUCUUUAAUCAGAUAUAUUAGAGCCAAUUUAGCUUAAAGGAAGAACACAUUUAGUAAUUUUUGUGUGGUAUUGUAAAUUUGACUAAUUUUCCUCUAUAUGGGUAAAAAUUUGAACCUGGUAUAACUUAAUUCGCCGCGGAAAAAAAUUACAUUUUAUAACGUUGUAUCAAGUAUCAAUAUAUUGUUGAUGAACGUUAAAAAAUUCAUUCAAUUCGGUCCACUGGUUUCCGAGAUAUGUUUUACCCGAACAGUUCUACCUUCGUGAAAAACUAUUCAAUCGAGCCCAAAUUCGUACCAAUGAUGCACAUAUAGCAGGUUGAUAAACAGUCAAAAUUUGAGAUUUUUUUAUGCACUCUAUAAAAAGUUACUGCAUGUUGAUUUUUUGUGGGAGAAAAAAAGUUGCAUAUCCCAAUCAUUUUGGCCACCCCCUGUACAUCAAUAAAAAAGAAACAAAAAACCCCCGGCUGUUCAUGGACCGCAAGUUAACAGAUAUCCAGAAGUUUUCAAUAAUACCGAAAUGAUUGCUUAACUAAGAAAGUUUCUUUGGUAGCUGCUCAGUCACUGAAUUAGUGAGUUUUGAGAUAAACACUAGUAGCAUAAGAAAUGAGAAAAUAUCAUCAAAUUCUGAAAUAUGGAAAUUUUAAAACCGAUUAAAUUUGACGCACUUCCUCUAUACCUAUUUCAAUUUAGGACACAACAUUAGGAAUGGUCUCACCGCUACACUGAAGAAAACUAUCACAUCAACUUCUUUCUGCGUGUAGUACGAUAAGUCUAUAUGGAAUCAAUGCGCCAAAAAAUAGCCAAAAAAACUGCAUACUUUUGUAGACAGAGAAACUAAAUCAAAGCAGCGUAAAACUUUGUGCCAAGAUGCCUAAAAUCAACUAAUAGUAAACGGUUAGGGAAGUGUAUAGUGCUUUCCUUUGUUCGCAAACUGUUUUCAAAAAGCAGUAAAUGUGCCAACAGUAAGUAGGAAACAUGGAAAAUUGUCUGCCUCGUCAUUGCCAAAUCCAAAAGAUGUAAUCCAACAUAAUCCUUAGAGUAUAGGGAUAGAUCGCACAUUCGUAUAUAACAUCAAGAAGUCAACAUGUAGUAGAAGAAUGAUAGGCAGCCACAUGAGCAGUGCUGUUAAAAUAAACAUAAUUAUGAUUAGAACAACUACACUUACUAUCCUAUAUCUACUGCAGCAGUAGGUCGAUCUCUAUAGCGCUUCGAAUUAGUCAACGGUAGUAAGUAACUUACAUUUUGGUGUUGAAUGACAAACGGAGCAAAUCAGUAUGUAAUCUGUGUUGAAUAUUUUGUGUUUGCCACAUGGGGUAGCCUGACUUAAUCUGUGAAUAAAAACGAUUAGUCGACAACAGACUGUGUGAAA